GAGGGCGCUCAUCAUCUAAUAUAAUAGAUGGGAUGCGUCCUAUAGAUUAACCAGAAGAAGAGCCUCCGCCUCGGAGCAUGCGCACAAACUGCAUCCGGGAACGCGGCGCUGCUGGCGUUUCAAACACACAGCAGGAGGUAAACACGGAGCCCUGCGGAGGAUUUUAUAUUUGUGUGUUUAGUUAAACGAUAUUACAUACCCGUUUGUAAGGCGUGGACGAUACUAAAAGCUGUUAAACAGAAUCCCGUGUGCUGCCAUGGACAGUGUGAAGAUGGAAUCUGUCCAGAUUAAAGAGGAGUUCCCUGAACUUGAACUGGUCCCCAUUAGAUUGGAGUUCUCUGGGCUGGCUUCCCUCCCCAUUAAACAGGAGCUCUGUGAGAUGCAAUGUGACAGCAGCCAACCAGAGGUCUCUGAGAUUAAAGCUGAGCACAAUGAACAGGAGGUCCCCCAGACAGAAGAACCCCUUCCUGUGAAACAAGAAGAGGUGCUGGAAACUGUCCGUAUUAAAUGGGAGCCCCUUGAAGUAGAGUUUGACCACACGGAACCAGUGAAGGAAGAAUCUGAGGAUUUCAAACCAAACAUCCCUGAGCUGGAGCCUGUACGCCUGCGGGAGUGUAGCGUGGUGCUGGAGAGAAUCUGCGUGAGAGAGCAAGGUGCUGGAGAGGAAGGCUCUCCCAACAGCAUGCAAGGAGGUGGAAAGGAAGACGGGCGCUCCCAUUCAGAAUGCAGUCUAGCAGGUUCCAGUCCAGCAGCUAAAGCGAGGGCGGGCGCUGGAGAAUAUCCUGACUGUGGGAAAGGUUUCACCCAGUUAGAGCAUUUAAAAAUACCCCAGAGAGCUGACACAGGAGAGAAACCGUACCACUGCUCUGACUGUGGGAAGAGUUUCAGUAGGUCAGGAGACAUGAAAGCACACCAGCGAAUUCACACAGGAGAGAAACCGUAUAGCUGCUCUGACUGUGGGAAGAGUUUCAGUCAGUCAAACAACCUUGUUUCACACCAGCGAAUUCACACAGGAGAGAAACCGUAUUCCUGCUCUGACUGUGGGAAGAGUUUCAGUCAGUCAAACAACCUUGUUUCACACCAGCGAAUUCACAGAGGAGAGAAACUGUAUCGCUGUUCUGAUUGUGGGAAGAGUUUCACUCGGGCAGGAACCCUGAAAGCACACCAGGAAAUUCACAUAGGAGGGAAAACAUAUUGUUGCUCUGACUGUGGAAAGAGUUUCAGUCAUUCAAACAGCCUUGUUUUCCACCAGCGAAUUCACACAGGAGAGAAACCGUAUCGCUGCUCUGACUGUGGAAAGAGUUUCAGUGUUUCAGGACAACUGACAACACACCAGCGAAUUCACACAGGAGAUCAACCGUAUCGCUGCUCUAACUGUGGGAAGAGUUUCAGUCAGUCAGCCAGCCUUAAAACACACCAGCGAAUUCACACAGGAGAGAAACCUUAUCACUGCUCUGACUGUGGGAAGAGUUUCAGUUAUUCAGGAAACCUGAAAACACACCAGCGAAUUCACACAGGAGAGAAACAGUACCACUGCUUUGACUGUGGGAAGAGUUUCCGUCUUAAACAAGGCCUUCAAAAACACCAGCGUACUCACACAGGAGAGAAACCGUAUCGCUGCUCUGACUGUGGGAAGAGUUUUAGUCGGUUAGACAACCUUGUUUCACACCAGCGAAUUCACUCUGGAGAGGAUCCGUAUCGCUGCUCUGACUGUGGGAAGAGUUUCCGUUUUAAACAAGGCCUUCAGAAACACCAACAAAUCCACAGAGGAGAGAAACCUUAACCUUUAGCGGUCCAUUUAUUCAGCGCGUCUCAGGCGCGUCGGGUCCAAUUUAUUUUCACACGCGCAGUUUAUUUUAAACCGCUGUUUAAAAGUAUUUUUUUCACAGUAAAACAGGUUUAAAAGGCACUGCAUAUCAACAGGACACUCAGUACUGCAUCUCCAGCCCCGCCCCACCGCUUGUUGACUAUAUUUUUCACAUACGUCUUAAUAAUAGUACAUACCGAUAAAUCAUCUCCUGAUCACUUGUUUUAUCAUAAUUUAUUUUAUUACUAUAACAUCUAAAAAAAGCUCUGCAAAUGGCUGAUAUUCUUUGAGCGCUGGAUGCAGAAGCAGCUAUCUUGUUUGUGUAUGUCCGUGUUAUCUAUGUGGUGUCGGGGCGAUCUGUAUUCAUGAGAUAUGCCCUUUUGUCCUAUCGGUCUCACUCGGCCAUUGAAUGCUUUUCUCGGCUUUUUCCGGAGAAAAAACGACUAGAGACCUGUAUUUUACGUUUAAGGGAAAAUUGCGAUGUCGGACCAGGUCUGACAUAGGACUGCAAAGGGUUAAAGACUGUUCUGUCAUGAGGAAAAAAAAUGUUAACCUUGCAUUAUGAAUCUCAAACAAAAACACUUUGGAAAUGUGAAAUGCCAAGUUAUCAAAAGAGCCCAGCCAUUUAAAGUAGAGAUAUCAAAAACACAAGACAAGCUUCAUGAAACCUUUGGGGCAACCUUGCUCAGCAGAAAACAAACAGACACAACUGUAAAACCGAUGAGGUCCAAGGUUGCCCCAGUUGUUUCUUCUAACUUGUAUCAAAAACACAAGUUAACUUGGAAGAAACAAUUGGGGCAACCUUGGCCAGCACCAAGCAAACAGGCACAACUAUCAAAGAGGUGGGGGCCAAGGUUGCCCCAAUUUUACAACUAACACAUUUCUCAGUUUUAAUUCAGAAAUCAAUUGUUUCUACUAACUUGGCUUGUGUUUUUCAGACACAGUAAAAGCCGAUCAAAUGCAUGAAAAACACAAGCCAAGUUAGUAGAAACAAUUGGUUUCUGAAUUAAAACUGAGAAAUGUGUUAGUUGUGAAAUUAAUUUGUAAAGGAGGAAUGAAAAGAAAACCAGAAGCCCAAAUAUACUGUAAUGCAAUGUAAGGUCUCUCUGAGAAUUAUUAUCAUUAUUAUUAUUAUUAUUUAAAAGAAAAAUAAUCUUCCAACUGAAUGUGCAUUUAAAAAAAUGUGUCGGGUUUACAGUCUACUUCAAUUAUAUUCAUCUGUGUUUUUUUCUUUCAUGUUUCCAAAGUGCAAAACAAAAACUACAACUGCAAAAGAGAAAAGGGAACCGAUUAUCAAGUGUAAUAAAACUCUAAGAUGUUAUUUUGUAAUGAUUUAUCAAUGGAAAUUACAGAGGCAUCGAUACAGUACUGUAUGUAUUACAGCCGUUAAAU